AUGAAAACAAGUUGCCCUGUCCAAGUGAAUUUCCAAAAGUGUAUUGGUUGUCUUCAAUGUGUUCGUGUAUGUCCAAAAGGUGUACUCACUAGUACUCACAUGAAGAGUACUGUCACAUAUCCCGAGAAUUGUAUAGCUUGUGGCUGUUGUUCAUCUGUCUGUCCUGUUGGUGCCAUCAUUUUCAAUGGGGUUUCUCCCUCUAAAAUAGACAUCGAGAGUUUCGGUGAUGUCGAAGAGAACCUUCACACCACCGCCAACCAAGUGACUUCUGAUGAUGAAAAGGUACCUCCUCGCUUUUUGGCCACUUUAAUAGAAAAAGCCAAAUUCAGUAUCACCACUGAAUACAACAGGAAAUUCAACAUCAUCGUAUUAAACACAGACAAAACGUAUCCACAGUUAGUUUGUGUAGUCAGUGACAAGUUAUAUUAUGUCGAUGAUCUCAGAUUCCUCUCUACUUUAUCUUUAAUUUUGACUCAACACAAUAUUCAUUGGAAGUUCGUCGAUUACACCGAUGAGUCAAAUGACAUCACUUGUGCUCUAGCUGUUGGUAAACCGCAAUCUAAAAAUUGA